ACCAGCACCAUUAUUCUUUUCUUACUCACAAAACCUCAUAAAAGCUCCCAACUUUCUCACCCAAACCCAAAACCAGCAGGAACCCAGAUUGAGUUUUCGAUAUGGAAGAAGAAGAAGAGACGUUUUCACCGUUCUGGCUCCGGCAGCAGCAACCCAACACCCCCCGCCGCCGCCUCCGCCGCUCCACCUCCUCUCUUCUCUUCAGCUCCGGCGCCUUCGUCCUCCUCCUCCUCGCCGUAGCUCUUGCUUUCAUUUUUGUCGUAAUCCCGUCUCUGCAUUCCUUUACUUCUCAGAUUUUCAGACCCAACUCGGUGAAGAAGAGCUGGGAUUCUCUCAACUUGGUCCUUGUCCUCUUCGCCAUUGUCUGCGGCUUCCUCGGUAGGAACACCGCCGCCAAUGACGACGGCAGCGUUUCGGUUAGUGCGGCUGCUCAGCCGGAAGAAGAGGUGGUCAAGUCAAUCCCGUCAACGCCGCGCCAGUGGUACGAGUAUCCAGAUCGGACGGCGUAUAAUGAUCGCGCUGUGAACAGAGUGAGCUCCAUGAGAAGCAGCAGCUCGUACCCCGAUCUCCGACAAGACUCCGAUUGGAUAGCCAGAGAUGACAGGUGGCGGUUCAACGACGACACCCACGUCAGCAACUAUCGCUUCCCUGACCCCGGUCAGGUCAGGCCGCAACACCGCCGUCGUGCGUCGUGGCAUGAAGAAUAUGACGUCAGUCGCACAAAGAAUAUUCCGGUCGACAGAUUUGUGAUCCGUACCGAGCAAGCUUCUGCAUCAUCCGCACCAAAAUCUGAUGAAUAUUCUUUUCUUCCUCCGCCGUCACCGUUGCCGCAGUUAUCUCCGCCUCAUGAGGUGGCUCAGCCGCGUAAGAGGACAUACCAAGCUGUUGGGCAGAUGGAGACUGUAAAUGAUGAUCUGGAUGUCAAGAGUAGUCUCCGACAACCACCUGCGCCGGUAGCGGCUUCACAUGCGGCGCCUAAACCGGCGGCAUUGCCGGUGUAUGAAGAAGUGGUGGAAAAGAUUCAGAAGAGAGAGAAGAAUGUGAAGAAGAGAGGAGUUGCAACUACUAAAGAGUUCUUGAUCGCUUCAUUAAUGAGGAAGAAGAAGAAGAAGCAGAGACACAAGAGUGUCGAAAAUUUCGAAACUCGUCUCAACUCCGCCGCCGCCGCCACUUCUUCAUCUACAAUGCCACUACAUCCACCGCCACCUCCGCCACCCCCACCGCCGCCGCCGUCAGUAUUCCACAGCCUGUUUCAAUCCAAGAAACCGAAGCCCAGAAAAUCUCAUCACCCACUUUCACAACACCCGCUGCCGCCGCCGUCACCGCCGGUCACUUCCGCCACUCGGCUCUCGAAGAACAAGGCCCAAGUCAGGCCGAUGAUGACGGCCCAGAAGCCGCCAUUGCCUGUCAAGGUGAAGAGCUUCCACGUUGUAGAAGAUGAAGCAGCAAACAGCGGAGGGGACUCGCCGCUAAUGUCUCGCAUUCCGCCGCCGCCGCCGUUGCCGCCGUUUAGGAUGCCGGAGUUGAAGUAUGUGGUGCACGGCGACUUUGUUCGAAUUAAAAGCAACAACAGCUCAAGGAGCGGGUCACCGGAUUUAGAAGAUGGAGGUGAGGAUUCACCGACAAAUGAGAGUAGCCCAUUGAGUGGAAACGAGUCGCCGGCAAGACCCAUGUUCUGUCCGAGCCCAGAUGUGAACACGAAAGCUGAUACCUUCAUAGCGAGAUUCAGAGCUGGUCUGAGGUUGGAGAAGAUCAACUCUGUGAAUGAGAGAGGGAGGUCUAAUUUGGGCCCGGAUUCUAGUGAGAGGUUAGGCCCGAUUGAGGAUUGA